AUGCCGAUUCCAAAACCUCACGGUGGUAAACUUAAUGACUUGAUCAUCAGAGACGCGGAUCAGAAAGCGCAGUUGUUGAAAGAGGCGGAGUCGUUGCCUCAAUUGACAUUGACACCAAGACAAUUAUGUGACUUGGAGUUGAUUUUAAACGGUGGAUUCUCACCAUUAACGGGGUUUUUAAACGAAGAAGAUUACAACAGUGUUGUUGAAAACUUGAGGUUGUCAUCGGUGAAAAACGCCGAUGGCAAAGGUUUAUUAUGGCCCAUCCCCAUCACUUUGGAUCUUGCUAACGAAGAAGCUCAAAAGUACCAAGUUGGCGACAAGAUCACGUUACUCGACUUGAGAGACGAGACCCCCUUGGCGAUUUUGACCAUUGAAUCUAAAUAUACCCCCGAUAAGCAGAAAGAGGCCAAGUUGGUAUUCAGAGGUGAUCCAGAACACCCAGCAAACAGAUACCUUGCCGAAACCGCGGGCGAUGUUUACCUCGGUGGCUCCUUGCAAGGUCUCAACUACCCUAAACACUACGAUUACGUUGAAUCAAGAAAGACACCUACGGAAUUGAGGCAGGAAUUUGAGAGCUUGGGCUGGAAAGACCAAAACAUUGUCGCUUUCCAAACUAGGAACCCCAUGCAUAGAGCCCAUCGUGAAUUGACGAUUAGGGCUGCCUCGGAUAUCGGCUCCAACGCCCACAUUUUGAUCCACCCCGUUGUCGGAUUGACCAAACCGGGUGACAUUGACCAUCACACCAGGGUGAAAGUAUAUAGACAAAUCUUGAAGAAAUUCCCCGAUGGAUUAGCUUCGUUGUCGUUGUUACCUUUAGCUAUGAGAAUGGGCGGUGACAGAGAGGCAUUGUGGCACGCGUUGAUUAGAACCAAUUAUGGUGUAGAUCAUUUCAUCGUUGGUAGAGAUCACGCUGGUCCCGGUAAAAACUCGCAAGGUGUCGACUUUUACGGCCCCUAUGAUGCUCAGGACUUGUUGAAGAACUACGAGCAGGAAUUGGAAAUCAAAAUCGUGCCAUUUAGAAUGGUGACUUAUUUACCUGAUGAAGAUCGUUAUGCCCCCAUCGACACUAUCGAUUUGAGCAAUACCAAGACUGCCAAUAUCUCAGGCACGGAAUUGAGAAACAAGUUAAGAACAGGCGACGAGAUCCCCGCGUGGUUCUCGUAUCCGGAAGUAGUCAAGAUCUUGCGCGAGACAAACCCACCUAGAUCAAAACAAGGGUUUGUGAUCAUCAUCAACAACAAGCUGAAAUUGGGACAAUACUUGUCGUUUGCAUUGCAAAGCACCUUGAAUCAAUUUGGCGGCGAGCGCAGAAUCACCAAGAUUGACGAUGACAAGAACCAAUACGAUGCGUUUGUCGUGAACGAGUUGGUCAAGUCUGGAGCUGGUGUCAUUUUGACCACGGCCAAUGCUCAAGAAGUGGCUGAUUUGGUUGGCUCGGGUAACACCAUCGUGGUCAAUGCUGAAGAAGGAGACAAGUCAAAGGGUGAAUUUGCAUUGACUAAUCAAGAACUCCAACCCGUCGUUGAUGACAUUGUAGACUAUUUAAAACAGCAGGGUUUCUACUAG